AUGGAAGUAACUUUGUGGUUGAUAUUCUUUGAAUUUAAUCAGAUAGAUAUACCAAUUAAGUACCUUGGCUUUUUCUUAGAAGAUGAUGAUGAGCUUGAACAAAUCAGGAAGGAAUAUGAUGCAGGACGGAUGCUAACUGGUGAGGUGAAGAAGCGCCUUAUUGAAGUUUUGACAGUGUUGGUGGAAAGACACUGUAGGGCCCGAGCUGCAAUUCCACUUGGGUUUGUAUUAGCAAUCCCACCUUUCAACUAUCCUAUUAACUUGGCAGUCUCAAAAAUUGCUCCUGCCCUGAUUGCUGGAAACUCUCUGGUUCUCAAGCCUCCAACUCAGGUUUCCCCAAAGGUCUUAUCAGUUGUGUUAUUGGAAAAGGUUCUGAAAUUGGUUACUUUCUCACAAUUUUAUCCUGCCUCGCAAGCAUGUUUGGUGUGUAGCUUCACUGAUGGAGACACUGGAAUAGCAAUAUCAAAGAAAGUGGGCAUGGUCCCUCUUCAGAUGGAACUGGGGGGAAAAGAUGCAUGCAUUGUGCUUGAAGAUGCUGAUUUGGAUUUAGUUUCAGCAAACAUCAUAAAAGGAGGCUUCUCUUACAGUGGCCAAAGAUGCACAGCUGUCAAUGUUGUCUUGGUGAUGGAGCCUGUAGCUAAUGCUCUUGUCAACAAAGUCAAAGUAAGAGUAGCAAAACUGACUGUUGGAGCACCAGAGGAUGACUGUGAUAUUACACCAGUUGUCUCAGAAUCAUCUGCGAACUUCAUUGAAGGGCUGGUAAUGGAUGCCAAGCAGAAAGGAGCAACAUUUUGCCAAGAGUACAGGAGAGAAGGAAAUCCCAUCUGGUUCCUCUUGUUAGAUAAUGUCCGACCUGAUAUGAGGAUUGCAUGGGAGGAACCAUUUGGUCCUGUUUUGCCAGUCAUAUGGGUAAACUCUGUCAAGGAAGGAAUUCACCAUUGCAAUGCUAGCAAUUUUGGAUUGCAGGGUUGUGUCUUCACAAGAGAUAUCAAUACGGCAGUUUUGAUUAGUGAUUCAAUGGAGACGGGAACAGUUCAAAUCAAUUCAUCCCCAGCUCGUGGGCCAGUUCAUUUUCCUUUCCAGGGUGUAAGAGAUAGUGGAAUUGGGUCACAAGGAGUCACAAACAGUAUUAACUUCAUGACCAAGGUCAAAAGCACAGUCAUCAACCUUCCAUCCCCUUCAUACACCAUGGGUUAAUAGGUUUUAUUAGAGACCACCACUUCUAUUGUAGUUAAGUCCUUGAUGGGCAUCCUUUUCAUUGUUUUUCCUUUCUCCUUUCUCUUAUAUUGUUAUUCAGAGGAUUAAUGGAGAUCCGCGUGGCUGUCUGGUUAGAAUCAUGGGGGGUAUCUAGUAGUUCUGAUAAUCUAUGUACGAGAAAUGAUUUUUCCAACUUUCUCAUCUCAGGCCAAACCUCCAGUUUUGGAAGUUUUGGGCAGUCUAUGAUGUGUCUGUUCUACUGCAUAAGGAGAAUAUAAUAUGGAAUGAUGAAUAUAAGCUAUUUUAAUUGAUCUAUGGUUUAUAUCA